GACAGAGUCAAAGACAGCUUGAAUAAUGCAAAAGAAACGUGGGGAGUAGGUACAGUCUGCUGAGAACACAUCCUCUUGAAUCGGUUGGAUUCUGAUCGAUCUCCAUCUCAGAAAGUCUGACUAAUAGUGCAAAAGAAAUGGACGUCAACGCCUUUUUCGUACGAUCAGCUUCAGACUUCAGGCACCGGUGGGACGUGUUACUGAGCUUCAGAGGCGAGGACACCCGCCACUCCGCCACUCCUUCACUGACGACCUCUACAAGUCUCUCGAGAAACAAGGCGUUCGAGUCUUCUUCGACGAUGAGGGUUUGCGUGCAGGGGACGAGAUCCAGCCAGGUCUGAUCGAGGCCAUCGAGGACUCGGCCGCUUCCAUCGCUAUCAUAUCCCCGAACUACGCGUCUUCGCAUUGGUGCCUGGAGGAACUUUCUAAGAUAUGCGAGUACCGGACGCUCUUUCUUCCCGUCUUGUACCGAGUCCACCCGUCCGACGUUCGGCGACAGAGGGGACCUUUCGAAGAACACUUUAGAAACCAUGAAAAUACGUACAAGGACAAGGUUAUGUGCUGGAGGAAAGCUAUGGAAAAGGCUGGUGCAAUUGUUGGAUGGCCUUUCGAUAAGAGUGAAAGUGAUAUUGAGGCGGAAGCGUGGUUGAUUGAAUCUUUAGUCAAAAGGGUGCUGACUGAACUUGCCAAAACUCCGGUGGGUCUAGAUACAUAUAUAGUUGGGCUUGAUACUCGUCUUGAAACAUUAACGAGUUUGUUGGAUGUUAGAUCCAAUGGAAUUCGAGUUCUCAGAUUAUAUGGGAUGGGUGGGGUUGGUAAGACAACCCUUGCCAAGGCUCUUUGUAAUAAAAUUAUUGGUCAUUUUGAUUGCCUUAGUUUCAUUUCAAAAGUAAGAGAGAAUUCUGCAAAAGAUGCAGAUUUAGUAUCCCUUCAGAACAAAAUUAUCCAUGACCUUUCCUCGGGUAAGUCUCCUGUAUAUUCUGCAGGUGCAAUCAAAGAGGUACUUCAAGAGAAGCGAGUUCUUAUUGUUUUGUAUGAUGUUGACAAUAUAAGUAAGCUUGAAGCACUCAUUGGAAGAAGAGAAUGGUUUUCUGAAUGAACUAGUUUGAAUAAAUGUACAUAGCUCCAUAUACUUCCAG